AUGCUUCAAUUAGAAAACCUAAGCUUAAUAGUGAAGGAACUACAACAAUUUUCUUUCAACAAAGAAGAGCACUGCUCUGUUUUAAUACAAGUUCACGCUUGUGCUGUCGCCUUAUGGAAUUUAGCUGUGGGAAUGAAGACAGAAGGCUCGGCUGAUAAAAUCUUGAAUGCAAAAGUGAGACAUGUGUCGUGUAACAUGGUUUGCAUCGCUAACACUGUUGAAUGUACAGAAUCCAGUUUCAAAAAGCAAUUAGUCGUGAGUUUACUAAAAUUUUCAAACAUAUUUUUACGUACCAUAAUAUCAUACAAAAAUUCCAAGGGACACCUCCCCCCAAUAGAGAUUAUGGCGAUGAAAACUGGUCGAGCGUGGUUAGAUUGUGACGAUGCAGCCUUGGCAAAAAUAUCGUUAGAUCUUGCGGAAGAGACCUGGCAUAAUCUUAACCAGAAGAUGAGUACAAAACUAGGAAGUCAAGAGACGUUCUUUUUGGUGGACGAAUGUGAACAGCAUAUGUUUAGAACUUAUUGUUACCAAGCAGAAGUUGCAAUGUCGACCUCAAACUACAAGAACGCGAAACAAUACAUUGACAUGGCCAAGAUAUUACUGACGAAACAUCCCAGGGAGGGCUGUUGUUUGGCGAUGGUCUGUUAUAACUUUGGAGUAGAUACAUAUCAAAGAGAACAUUACGAACAAUGCGUUGAAUGGCUAAGAGAAAGCCAUGACAUCGGAAAAGGCGAGUUUCCCCUUGAUAAAGCAAAACAGGCAACAACAUUGCGGUUGUUAGCUAACGCUUACAUUGAAUGGAAUAGAACAACACAUUGGAACACGGCUUUAAGUGCUGUUGAUUUGGCUAACUCCGAAUACUUUCAUCCAGCCGGCCUCUAUCUUAAAGCAAAAAUACUUCUUUUUGGAAACAACUCGGUACAAGACCUGCAGUCAGACUUUCACAACAUUCUCAGCCACAAGGAAAUUAAAGUUGACAUGGGUAUAAGCAUUGUUGAACUAGCCGUAGAAUAUAAAAAACCGCAGCUGGCCUUCGAUGGUUUAAAGCAAUUGGCAAACAAAUUUCGAAACACCCCUGAUCUAUCGAAAAUUCAACUGCAGCAUUUGGAAUUACUGAUUCAACAUGAUCAAGAACAAGAAGCAAAAAAUCUUGUUGAACAAUGCAUUGAAGGACAUCAUAAUGGUCAUCAACUGGAUCCAGAUACAAAAAAGAAGUUUCAUUACAUACUCUGGGAUAAAGCUGCUUUGAAAUCUGAGGAAAACAUGUACAAUGAAGCUUUGAAAUGGUAUCAAUACUCGUUGAACCUGUUUUCACCCAGUGAAAGAUUAGGUGUUAAUGCGGGGAAACUUCAUGUAAGUACGCACGAGCAAGAAAACUUCAUCGCAACAUUUGUUAUUUAUUUCUUCAUAUCGAUAUUUAAGGCAAGACAGUCAAUAAAGGAGGCGGAGUGCAGCGAUCAAGGAAAUCCAUUAAACGCCUACUUCGACUUUAAAAUAGCUCUUUUUGAAAAGAACAAUGACCGAGCCAUUGAAGCAAUGAUGAAAAUAAGCGAGAAUAAAGAUCAACUUAAAGACACGGAUGGUUUAACAAUACAUGACGUCAUCUGUUUGGCAGCUCAAUUAGCUUUGGAUGACAACAAUCGUGAAGUAUCAAUAGCAGUCUUAGAAAGCAUCAUUAAACAUUCUCCUGAUGAUAAACAAGUCGUUACUUCAAUAAGAUGUCUCAUUCGUCUGAAAAUGAGUUUUCUCUCGGAAGAAAUCAAAAAAAUCGAUGUGAACACAACGUUAUUUUACUUGAAAAUUGCCCUGGAAAAAUUAUCACAAAAGAAUAACUCUAUUCAUCCUCAACACUCUUCCGAAUCGACAUGGUUCAUGAAAAUAGCGUGGAAUUUGGCAUUGGAGAGUCGAAGUUUAUCCCACGAAAUGUGCGAACUGUUUCUCAUCACUGACAAGUUUGCGAAGUUAGCUGGCGAAGAUAAAGGAAGCUUAUUGAAACAGAAAUCGUCUCUCUUCAUGGCAGCAGGAUGUUGCUUAGAGAUCGCUAAAAAUGAGAAAAAUAUUGAAGAAAAGGAAAAAUAUUUUAUAAAAGUAUUGGAUCACAUCAGUGAAUGUCGAAAAGUUUUACAGCAACUAGACGCCAUUGGCGUAAAUGCAGAUAACGAAAAUAACAAAGAUGACGUACCCAUUGUAUUGUAUGUAUAUGAAUUUGAUGCAAAAGGCAACUUAAAGCACGAAGAUUUGGAGGAGCUGCUCGAUACUAUGUCAAAACUGUCAAAUAUCGAAGGCAAGACGUUUGAAACUGUAGCAGCUUUAUCGAGAGAACUGCCAUACACAGCCAGAAACAUUGAGAUAACAAAGAACGCCCUGGUGUUAGCGAUAAGACAACACAACAGGUGUAAUAAUAAAGAUUAUCGUAGCAGCUGUAAGUCCUAUCGUGCUCUCAUUGAAAUCUGCUUAAAAAAUGGAGCGAGUGGGGAUCCCGAAAGUAAAGAAGAAGCGUGGAGUUUUUACCAAGAAAUGAUGAACUUUAUUGACAGCAGUAAGGAGAUCACUGUGCCUGAGGUUGAACUUCAAUGGUUGAUGACUAAAGGAUGGAAUACAGGAGUCCAUUUAUACGGGGCAGGCAAAUAUCGCGCAGCUGAGAAAUGGUGUGGACUGGGUAUGAGAUUGAUGACCCAACUUACUGACCUCAAACAUUUCUAUGAAACGAAGAUGACAGAACUGUAUUCCGAGAUUUUAACAGGAAUUGAAUGUGGAAAUACACAAAUGUUGGUUGAAGAAUAAUAUCACAAUACUUUUUCUGGUUUCAUUAAAUAAAACAUGGUUAUUUAUACACUACAUUUUACAUCUGACUAUUUUACAUAGUUAAAUGAUUUAGCACCUACACAGUUUGUAAUGAACAAUUGUUUUAAUAUUCCAAUCAGAAUUAUUCCAAAUGACAAAUUUCUUUGUAAAUUUGUAUUAUAAACUUACAAAGAAAUAGAUCGUGUUACGCACCUUA